AUGUCUUCGCAGAUCCUCACGACGAUGUACCGACGGCAGUCGAGCGAGGACGAUAAGCCCUUGGAAAUAGAUCAGGACUCCAACCCGGCCAGCAGAUCAAACUCCCCGAAAAACAUGAGCUACUACGAAGAGAAGACAGUCCUCAAUCAGACCAAGAAAUCGUUCUGCAUAGACGCCUUACUCUCCCGCCAAUUGGAACCUAAAUCCCCGAGCGCCGAUCCAGGGUUCCCGAAAAACUACAUCAACCGUUACCAGGCAAAUUACGAUGCCCAAAUCGAACAGAACACGAUAAAUAAGUACGAUAAUUCCAGUCCAAGGUCUGGACAGAGCAGCCCCAGGAGCGUCAGUCCAGGGUCUGAUGAGGGAAACCGAUCGGAGACGUACAGCCCUCCGAUAUCUCCCGGCGUCGAAGGCAGCAGUGAAGACUAUGAGAGCUAUAGACCAGGAAUAAUCCCAAAGCCGGGACUAAUACCACAGAAUCCGGCGCUGAUGGCGGCACAAUCUGCAGCCCUUUUCAACUACCCACAGCUCCAGCCCGGGGGUCUACCUCCCGGGGCGCCGAUGCCGUCCGCCUUCCACCACCCUGGGGACAGAGUCCUGCACCACAUGCAACUCGAGUGGCUCGCAAGAACCGGAAUGUUCUAUCACAGGAUACCGGAAUUGGGAGGUGCCCCUCACGCACUCCUCGGCAAGACUCGGCGUCCCCGCACCGCCUUCACGUCUCAGCAGCUUCUGGAGCUGGAGAAGCAGUUCCGGAUGAACAAGUACCUGUCCAGGCCGAAGCGAUUCGAGGUGGCCACCAGUCUGAUGCUCACUGAGACUCAGGUAAAGAUCUGGUUUCAGAACCGCAGGAUGAAAUGGAAAAGAUCGAAAAAAGCCCAACAGGACUCUAAGAACAAGGACCCUCAGCAUUCAGACGAGAAAAACAAACCGAAAGAGCAGACGGACGCGGAGAAGACAUUGACAGCUGAUCUGACAGCUGUCAAACCGCCGCCGAUGCUCGACAGGGACAGAAUUAUCGCGCUGGAACGAGAAAGGGCGAUGGCGGCCGCUAAUUUUAAUUCGAAUCUGGAGAAUCGACGCGGAUUGGUCGUGAUGUCUCAAGAUGGCAGCCGACCCGGAAUCGACAUGUUCAGGCCGUACGUGGUAUGA